UUGUUUUCACUGUUGCAAAGAAAAUCUUUCAUGAGAAAUUUGCAUGUAGAAAAGGAUAUUAUAUUACUUGUAGAGAUAUACAUCUUGGGAGACAUACUUUAAUUAUGUCUGAUUUGAUGUUCUUCAAAAGGAUGGCUGAUAGUAGUAUACCAGCCAGUAUGAACGGGAUGCCGAUGGACGACGAUGAGUUUGAACGUAACUUACAGGAGAUUAUGGAUGAUGGCCCAACGCUCAGUGAUAGCAGUAAUACUGUACAGAGUGGCUCACCACAGAAACCACAAGUGACACAGUCAGAUCAGCUGUCAGACGGAGGAGGUUCACAACAGUUGUCGAUGUCUCAGUCCCUUAAUCUACCACCAGCUUCAAAACCAACACCAGUGAUCAAGUCGCGGAGUUUAAAUGGUGAUUUUGUUCCUAGGCAGCAGACAAUGACACAGACUGCACACAACAAACUCGAACAAGUGAAGAAUUGGAGUAUCAAUACGUACAAAUGUACAAAACAGUUGUUAUCGGAGAAAUUAGGUAAAGGUUCACGGACUGUUGAUCUGGAGCUUGAAGCUCAAAUUGAAGUUUUGAGAGACACGAAACGUAAAUACGAGAAUAUAUUGCGGUUGUCGAGGACAUUAGCAAAUCAUUUUUCCCAAGUUGUUCAAACACAGAGGGCGCUUGGUGAAGCGUUCUCGGAACAGGCUCAGAGGUCAGCAGAGUUGCAGGAUGAGUUUACGUACAACUGUGAGACACAGAGGGCGCUUGUGAGAAAUGGAGAAACUCUGUUAGGAGCUAUGAAUUUCUUCACAUCAUCAGUGAAUACUUUGAUCAGUAAAACAAUGGAUGACACCCUCAUUACAGUGAAAAAUUAUGAAACAGCAAGGUUGGAGUUUGAUGCAUACAGAGCAGACAUGGAGCACCAGAACCUUGCACCACGAGACUCGGCCAACAUUGCUAAAUCAGAGGAGUUGAAACGGAAGUUUGAGGGACAGAAAGAAAAAUAUGAUAAACUUCGGGCAGAUGUUGCAAUAAAACUCAAAUUUUUAGAUGAAAAUAGGAUCAAAGUGAUGCAUAAGCAGUUACUGUUGUUUCACAAUGCGAUCUCAGCGUACUUCAGCGGCAACCAGUCAGCACUCGAGGCAACAUUGAAACAGUUCAACAUCAAACUGAAGGCACCAAAUGCAGAAUCACCGUCCUGGCUCGAACAGUGAUAACAUGUCACCAUAUCGCUAACUUAAUCUCAUUCAUUUAUCGUCCGACAUUGUAAACUGCACGUAAUGAACACAUCUAAAUGUGGUGUACACAAGGUGGAUUGCAGAUUGUGAAUUAUCCAUUAUGAACUACACAUUGUGGUCUACACAUUAUAAAUGUGAACUAUACUCUGUGAAUUAAAUUAUGAACACAGUGUGAGUUACAAGGCCAUCUGUACACCCAUCUGUAUAUCAGUAACUUCUAUAUCGGCUAACAUGCCAAACAGACAUAUUUUAAGUUUAAUCUUUACAGAAGUUGUCAGUGUGUUAAUGGAUUGUUUCAGUGCUGAAUACAGGAACAGAGAAAGAUCUUCACAGAAAUUGAAGAAACUGCUGAAAUGACAAUUUACAAAACAUACAGUCAGUUUAAAUGAAAUUAUUAGUCUAGAUUAAUUUAUUUGUAAAAAUGUACUAUAGAUGUGGAGGAAAUGGCAGGAAAACAGUACUGUUUGUACUUAAAAUUCAAAUGGCCCCUUUUUUUCCAGAUCACUUUGAAAACAUUUAAUUUGAUGGGUUUGGGUUGACAUGGGCAUUUCAUUAGGAUAUGAAUUCAUGGAUUUCAACUUUUAAAGAUGAAAUUAAUUGGAGUUUUGCUUGUUCAUUGGGAUUUUAUAGGUUGACUUAACCAUGAUGAAAAGAACGUUACCCAUUGAUAUUAAUGAUUUUGCAGUUAAAUAAAGAAAGUGUGUCUGCCUGGUCCCAUUGAGAUCUGAAACUUAAAACAUACUUGGUCUUUUAAUACGACAAACACUAAAUUGAGAAUUAUGGUGUUUAUUUUCCUCAAAGAGUGAAAAUGUAAUAAUUUGCAGGAAAAAAACUUACGAAUUUAUUUAAGAAAUGUAUUCUGUCACAGUAUGUUUUAACUUCAAAAUGUGUACACAGGCACAAUGCAUGUUGUAAAGUUGUUUGCACUUGAACAUUUUAUUAAGUUUAAAAGAAUCAUAUGGCAGAGUAUUGUUUUAAUGUGGUAUUUUAACUCUUGUUAUAUUGCUGUUUAAUUUAAAAGGACCUUGUUUCAUGGGGUCCAAAUUUCACCCACAUCCCUCCGUCAGGGAAUAUACAUUUUUUCAGUACUUGCGUCAAAAAGUAUUGGUUAUUAAGCCAUAUGUUCCUUUUUCAUGCGACUAUUGAGUUUAUCAUCAUACAACGAUGCAGCAGAGAAAAGUUAAGGGACAUUCAGAAUGCCUUUAGAGUUUAUUUCUUUGUGGCAUUUUAUGUUUGAAGGACCAAGAAUAAUUUAUAGGCUGAUGGUAUCUAACUGGUAUUAUUGUUACAUACAUGAACAUUGUUAUUUUCCAGGUAACAGCAUAUUUAGAUAUUAUAUAUAAGCUUUUCUUUGUCUGACAGUAGUGUUCAGUAAAAGCAGUAACAAAGAGUAUGUACCAACAAACUAUGGGCUUAAUUUCUCAGUGCUUCUUGUAACAGUAGGCUGUAGCAGUGAUUUGUUUAAGAUAUCAAAUUAUUACUUUUUGUAGUUUUAAGGUGGUGGCACCAUAAUGGCAGUCAGUGUCUGUGUGAUUUCAUAUUCUUGUUUACUUUUCAGUAUUCUUCUGAUGGAAAUGUAGCCAGUCAGAGUCCCGGCUUUCCAUUUGUAUCACAAACUUGAGAAAACAUGAGCCGCGCCAUUAGAAAACCAACAUUUGCGACCAGCAUUGAUCCAGACCAGACUGUGCGGAUGCAAAUUCACUAAGUUGGUUUUCUCAUGGCGCUGCUCACAUAAUCGAACAGAAAUUUACGAUUGUUAUUACAGAUCCACUACCUUAAAAUGUUUCAUUGUUCUAGGAUUGAAGUAAAAAAGGUGAGAUAAGAAUGUGCAUUUUUCACAAAUUUUAAAAUUGUCUUUAGACAAGAAGUAGGCAAUUAUAUCUUUAAGGGAGGUAAUAACAAACUUUCAUAAAAGAAAAGAGCAUGUAUUUCAAACAGGAAAUACAAAUCCAGUGCACAUCUUUCAUUUACUUUUUUUGGAUUCUAACUUUUAACUAAAAAAAUCAUCAACAAAAGAAUUUAACUUUACUAAAUAUAUAAACUAAUUGUUUCUAGGGCUACAUUCCAGUUCAGUGUCAUGUAUAACAGACUUUUGCUAAAAAUCUUUGUUUUUUUGAGUCGGCUAAACGAUGUAAUCGUUUUGACGAGUCCUUGCUAUCCAGCGAUUCUCUAAGUCUAAAUGGACCAAAUAACACAGUGAAGCGAUGUAGUUCCAUUAGAUUUCUCAAACUUCAAACAGUUCACUGCAAGAAUGAAAUUAAGUUGCGUGAAUUCCCUUUGACCAAUAUACGAUGUAAUCUGUCAUAUUUAUGACUUGUAAUUGUGCAAUACUCGAAUGUAACUCAUUAAGCAUAACUGUGCAUUUUAUGAAUUGCGCAGGCUUACAAAGCUUGCGUAACAUCCAGCGAAAGACAAAAAAUAGUUCCACAGGGCUCCAGAUAAGAUGCGUAUUAGCGUAAAUUACGUAUAGAAAUAAUGCAAAUACGCAUGUGUAAUAAUUUCUAAACGUAUAUAAAAUUACAGAAAUGCACACAAUGCUUUUUUAAAAACAAAAUCUGAAUCAUCUGGAUGCGUUAGGUAACAUAGCCGAUCCCGAUCAGCCUUAAUUCUCCCACAUUGAACGUAUACACGCAUCCUAUGAUCUCUAUAAACUUUGCGUGGGUUUCUACACACACACAUGAAUUUUGCAGUCAGUAAACGGAUAAAUUAUCGGAAGAAGAAGCUCUUACUGGUUUGUUUAGUUACUACAGAUAUUAAAAAUGAUUUUAAUUCUUAUUUUUCGAGAAAUAAACAAAUCGGCGAAACAUUAAAUUGUAUUUUCUUGUAGUUUUUGAAAUCGAAAGUAGAUCGUCUAUGUUUUGCGAAAUGAAACAACUUUUUAUGAAAAGAUUUAAAUAAGAGGUAUUUUAACCGUAAACUUCAAUGUCAGAUACUGCCAAUUGCUGCUAAAUGUCUUCGUAUCAUCACAAUUUGUAAAAUAUAUUGUUCAAACUGGAGAAAAGUGUAAUCGUAUCCGGAUAUAAUAUUUUGGGUAAAUAUCGAGCUGUGUUAUGAAAUUUUAAGAAAAAAAACUAAAAACAAACUGAAACUGGUAGACUAUACUGUCAGUACAUCAAUCAUUAGCCGACUCAGGCCAUUCAGGCCUUUGAUUUUUUAUUGGAAGUACACAUUUAUAUUGUGCUUAGCUAUACAUGUAUUAAUAGUGUACUAUUUUAUACCUAACAUACAUGUCCAGUUUAUACACAGAAACAUAAUAAUUUUAUAUUUACUCAGAUACUGUGAAGUACUUGUUCACAUGUGGGUCUAAUAAUUAUCUUUAAAUACCUUUAACUACCUUUAAAACAAUAAUUUUAUAACCUGAGGUAUUUACAGUUUUUGGAUGAAAUACCUUUCUUUUUUGAAGUUUUUUUAUUGUUGAUACUGCAGACUGCUGUCAGUCUGAAGUAAAUACCUUUGAAAUUAUAGUCAGCUAGUCAGAGAUGAGACCUCAUUGUUGGAUCUUGUUUCAGGAACAGUCGUUGCUGUUACUGUGUAGGGUCAAUACUGAAAAUAGCCGCAGCCUUUUGUGUGUGGUUCCCAGAAGUAUGACCUGUUUUUAGCUCACCUGUCACAUAGUGACAAGGUAAGCUUUUGUGAUCACGCAGCGUCCGUCGUCCGUCCGUCCGUGCGUCCGUCCGUAAACUUUUGCUUGUGACCACUCUAGAGGUCACAUUUUUCGUGGAAACUUUAUGAAAAUUGGUCAGAAUGUUCAUCUUGAUGAUAUCUAGGUCAAGUUCAAAACUGGGUCACGUGCCGUCAAAAACUAGGUCAGUAGGUCUUAGAAUAGAAAAACCUUGUGACCUCUCUAGAGGCCAUAUAUUUCACAAGAUCUUCAUGAAAAUUGGUCAGAAUGUUCACCUUGAUGAUAUCUAGGUCAAGUUCGAAACUGGGUCACGUGCCAUCAAAAACUAGGUCAGUAGGUCAAAUAAUAGAAAAACCUUGUGACCUCUCUAAAGGCCAUAUUUUUCAUGGGAUCUGUAUGAAAGUUGGUCUGAAUGUUCAUCUUGAUGAUAUCUAGUUGAAGUUCGAAACUGUGUCACGUGCGGUCAAAAACUAGGUCAGUAGGUCUUAAAAUAGAAAAACCGUGUGACCUCUCUAGAGGCCAUAUAUUUCACAAGAUCUUCAUGAAAAUUGGUCAGAAUGUUCACCUUGAUGAUAUCUAGGUCGAGUUCGAAAGUGGGUCAAGUGCCUUCAAAAACUAGGUCAGUAGGUCAAAUAAUAGAAAAACCAAGUGACCUCUCUAGAGGCCAUAUUUUUCAUGGGAUCUGUAUGAAAGUUGGUCUGAAUGUUCAUCUUGAUGAUAUCUAGGUCAAGUUCGAAAGUGGGUCACGUGCCGUCAAAAACUAGGUCAUUAGGUCAAAUAAUUGAAAAACCUUGUGACCUCUCUAAAGGCAAUAUUUUUCAUGGGAUCUGUAUGAAAGUUGGUCUGAAUGUUCAUCUUGAUGAUAUCUAGGUCAAGUUCGAAACAGGGUCAUGUGCGGUCAAAAACUAGGUUAGUAGGUCUAAAAAUAGAAAAACCUUGUAGCCUCACUAGAGGCCAUACUAGUGAAUGGAUCUCCAUAAAAAUUGGUCAGAGUGUUCAUCUUGAUGAUAUCUAGGUCAAGUUCGAAGUGGGUCACGUGCCAAGUAGGUCAGUAGGUCAAAUAAUGAAAAAACGUGAUCUCUCUAGAGGCCAUAUUUUUCAUGGGAUCUGUAUGAAAGUUGGUCUGAAUGUUUAUCUUGAUGAUAUAUAGGUCAAGUUUGAAACUGGGUCAACUGCGUUCAAAAACUAGGUCAGUAGGUCUUGAAAUAGAAAAACCUUGUGACCUCUCUAGAGGCCAUACCCUUGAAUGGAUCUUCAUGAAAAUUGGUCAGAAUGUUCACCUUGAUGAUAUCUAGGUCAAGUUUGAAACUGGGUCACGUGCCAUAAAAAACUAGGUCAGUAGGUCAAAUAAUAAAAAAACCUUGUGACCUCUCUAGAGGCCAUACUUUUCAUGGGAUCUGUAUGAAAGUUGGUCUGAAUGUUCAUCUUGAUGAUAUCUAGGUCAGGUUGAAACUCGGUCAACUGCGUUCAGAAACUAGGUCAGUAGGUCUUGAAAUAGAAAAACCUUGUGACCUCUCUAGAGGCCAUACCCUUGAAUGGAUCUUCAUGAAAAUUGGUCAGAAUGUUCACCUUGAUGAUAUCUAGGUCAAGUUUGAAACUGGGUCACGUGCCAUAAAAAACAAGGUCAGUAGGUCAAAUAAUAGAAAAACCUUGUGACCUCUCUAGAGGCCAUACUUUUCAUGGGAUCUGUAUGAAAGUUGGUCUGAAUGUUCAUCUUGAUGAUAUCUAAGUCAGGUUUGAAACUGGGUCAACUGCGGUCAAAAACUAGGUCAGUAGGUCUUAAAAUUAGAAAAAUCUUUUGACCUCUCUAGAGGCCAUAUUUUUCAAUGGAUCUUCAUGAAAAUUGAUCUGAAUGUUCACCUUGAUGAUAUCUAGGUCAGUUUCGAAACUGGGUCAUGUGCGGUCAAAAACUUGGCCAGGAGAUAUAAAAAUAGAGAAACCUUGUGACCUCUCUAGAGGCCAUAUUUUUCAUGAGAUCUUCAUGAAAAUUAGUGCGAAUGUUCACCUUGAUGAUAUCUAGGUAAAUUUCAAAACAGGGUCACGUACCUUCGAAAACUAGGUCAAUAGGUCAAAUAAUAGAAAAACCCUGUGACCUCUCUAGAGACCAUAUUUUUCAAUGGAUCUUCAUGAAAAUUGGUCAGAAUUUUUAUCUUGAUAAUAUCUAGGUCAAGUUCAAAACUGGGUCACAUGAGCUCAAAAACUAGAUCACUAUGUCAAAUAAUAGAAAAAAACGACGUCGUACUCAAAACUGGGUCAUGUGGGAAGAGGUGAGCGAUUCAGGACCAUCAUGGUCCACUUGUUUAAUUUAUAAACUCAGAAAUUUUUUUGAUUUUUUAAAGGAAUCUGAAUAAAAUUUGUAAAUACAUGUAUGUUUGUAUGACUUGAUUGUGUUUUAUUUAACUGAACUGUUUCUUAAGUCUGUAUGUACACUUGUUAUGUGAUCAAAUCAUUGCUUUGUG